UUAAUUUUCUGAUUUCUCGAAAAGUUGCUGACCUUGAAAUUGACGUUUGUCCAACAACAUAACCUCAGUUUCAAAGUGGUAAGAUGCCCCUUAAAGGCUCUGCUCCCGUGUGCCUCAAGUGCGAAACAAGUGAAUCUCCACUAUGGACCAACGCCGAAAACCUGGGGGCAAUCUGCUUGGACUGUGUUAACGAAGCGAAAGAUAACCUCAAAUCGGAACAAGAAGAGGAAAACGAUGAUAAAUCGGAAGACUCAAAAUCCAUCAAACGCAAACAGCGGACUACCAGGUCGUAUAAAACGAGGUUAAACCCUUUCGCGAUUCCUAAAAUUGGGACGCCGAAGGGGAGAGGCAGAAGAGGCAUUUUUAAGAAGACGCCAAUUAAAGCACCCUCUGCUGUGGCCACAACAAUCACUUCUGAAUCGAUUUUUUAUAAAGGAAGUUAUAUUCAAGUGGGUGAUAUUGUUUCAAUGCUAGAUGAGGAUGGUGAUAUUUUUUAUGCCCAAAUUAAAGGGUUGUUAACGGAUCAGUAUUGCGAAAAAAGUGCUGUGAUUACGUGGCUUUUGCCUACACAAGAGAGUCCACCACCUGAGGAAGGUUUUGAUCCUGCUACUUACAUAAUAGGUCCAGAAGAAGAUGUCCCUAGGAAGUUAGAGUGCAUGGAAUUUGUAAUGCACGCCCCCUCUGAUUAUUACAAGUCGAAAAAUACGCCCUAUCCGGCUGUGCAUGCUCCUGCACAACCUGGGUAUAUAUGGACGUCACUGGAGUCGAUAAGAAGAUUGUGUGGAAACCCAUUACAAAACAACUGACAAAAAUUUUGUGGAUGUUUUGCUUUUUGCUUUAUCACGUAUUAUUUUCUGUGUAUUACAAACUACGUGAUUCUUUUACUACUUUUUACAUAUAUUGUAUUAACACACUGAUUACUCUUGUUUUUUCUGUUUAAAUAAAUUUAUACAAGUACAUAUAA